CAGCUGUUGUGUCGCAGUUAUCGGCUGAGCGUCGCUCGUAAUAAUGUGUGAAAAUAAAGAUUCACUUAGCACUCUCUGGAUCCCAAUAAACCACAGGGGGCUUUAUUGAAUGUCUUUGAGCUCUUCAGGAAUCAGGAAGUAUCAUGAUGGUUGCUGUAAUAAGUGACCCUGCCAAGAGUAAUUCAGCAUCAUACCAGAACAACCAAAAGGAUUACAGACGGUUUGCAACAACUACCACAUACACAAUGCAGCUUGCUUUUGGAAAAGAUCACAGCUUGGACUUCCAACUGAGUGUGUGCCCCUUUAUAUCUAGAAGAAUGUCAGCGCCAGAGCGUUUGUACACAAAGGCUGUGUUCUCAUAUUUGGUAAGUACUACGAUAUUGCAUUCUAUGCACUCAUAAAUUUUAGAUUAUAUAAGUAUUGUUGUUCAGUAAACUGAUAUACGCUUUGACAAAAAUAUUUAAAAUUAUUUUCGAAAUUGAUUGUUAAACACGUAAAUGUUUAAAGCUUUAAACAAGCUGUCGUUCCAGCAGUGGAAUUGUUACCUCACUUUACUGCAUUGCAUUCCAACCCGCAAGGUAUCAAGGUCAGUUUGCAGUCAGCAAAAGAAAUUGUUAUAUAAACGCUAUCGCGUCAACUAUGUGCACUUGAAGUUUAUUUUUAUCAGAAAGAUACUAGAUAAAGAUAUUUGGCAAUAUUAUUAUGGUAUGUCAAUCAUAGAUUGUUAAUGUGUUUUCAACAAUUGCAUGACAAGGAUUAAUUUUGAUCCAUUUAGACCAAUUUAUUAAGCAUGAGCACGAUGAUUCACUAUACUAUUAAUGGAAUCAAAUAAGAUUCGAGUGUUACCAGCUGACCUAUAUGCUUUCAUUUAUUUUCAUGCUUCUUGUGUUUUUCUGUUCUGUAAAUAUAGAUAUCUGAGUAAUAAUAUAUAAUAAAGCAAAAUAAGCCACGAAAUCUGGUGCAACACCCCGCAAUUGAUUGAUGUGAUGCAGCUAAGAACUGCUCAGAAAAAAGGCAUUCGCUAUUUUUGAUCUCAUAGAUAUAACUUUUGAUCGUUCAUAAACACCGACCAAAAUCAACGCUCACGGUAUAUCUUUUUUAAAGAUAUUUCUUUUUUUUCACUAUGUGGGAAACUGACCGUGGAUGACACUCUGCCCCAGUAUGAAGACCAACUGACUUUUUUAGGGGUGUAACAUUUGACAACAGAGUGAGACGGAAAAAACAGAAAUCUGCAUUGCCUUGUUUGUUAUGCCCCGCCAUAGGCGAAGGGAUAUUGUUUUAGCGUUGUCCGUCUUUCCGUCCGUCCGUCUUUCCAUCCGUCCGUCUGGAGCCAUAUCUUGGAAGUGCUUUGGCGGCUUUCAUUGAAACUUGGUAUGGGACAUCGACCCUAGGACUGAAACGAUCUGUCCGCCAGAUAAGAAUAAACCCCGCCUUCAAAGCCAGAUUGUUGCUCUUUACCGGUAUAGUAAAGAUAUCAAAGAAGGAAGUUUAUCAAAGUUUAUUGGAAAGUUAUUGAUUAAACUGGCUAAUGCAGACUCAGUAUCAGAACCUUAAACAUUAUGAGCCAUGUAGUAACAGAGGAAAGGAGCAACCACAGUACAAGAAUUAAAUUGCAGAAUUUAUACUGUAAAGAGAUCGAAACACCAAGCACUGGCAAUGACUGGGAGCUUUCAGAGAUCGAAACACCAAGCACCGGCAAUAACUGGGAGCUACCAAUCACUGCAUCAACAACAGGUGCUUCUGAUGUUGCUUACGUGUGUGAUGAUGUUGUUCGGGACUGCAGUUGUUGAUGGCAAGCCACCAAACAUAGUCUUCAUUGUUGCUGAUGACCUUGGUUGGAAUGAUGUAGGUUUCCACAACCCUACCAUGAUUACCCCGAAUAUUGACAAGCUGGCCAACAUGGGAGUGAAACUGAACCAGUCCUAUGUGCAACCAGUCUGUUCACCCUCGAGGCAUGCGUUCAUGACAGGUUACUAUCCCUGGAAGGCAGGUCUACAGCACAUGGUAAUUUGGGAUGACCAGAAUGUUUGUUCACCACUCAACUUGACUUUUUUGUCUGAACAUCUCCAAACUGCAGGGUAUGCAACUCAUGCAAUUGGAAAGUGGCACCUGGGUUUCUGCAGCUGGAACUGUACCCCGCAGUACCGAGGCUUUGACUCCUUCUAUGGCUACCUCAACGGUAGAUCGGACUACUACACACACACAGAACAGGGAUUUUUGGAUUUUCGUGAUGGUUACAAUGUUGUGUGGGACCAAGCUGGACAAUACUCAACACAUUUAUAUGCAGAGAAGGCGGAGUCAAUCAUAUCAAAACACAAUGUCUGCCAGCCAUUGUUUCUCUACCUUCCCUACCAAAGUGUGCAUGAACCAUUGCAGGUGCCCCCUGAAUAUGAAGCCUUGUACCCAAAUGUAAAGACUCCAGACAGACGGACAUUCUCUGGAAUGGUGACGGCUUUGGAUGCAGCUAUUGGUCGUGUCAUCAGUGCUCUUCAAAAGAAAGGGCUUUAUGAUGAUACCAUGUUCUUCUUCACACCAGACAAUGGCGGUUGGGUGACUCAGGGUGGUAACAACUGGCCGCUGCGAGGGAGCAAGAUCACAAUAUGGGAGGGCGGAACUCGUGUGGCCAGCUUUAUAUCUGGACCAAGGCUCAAGAAAACUGGAUACACUUACAAUGGGCUGUUCCAUGCUGUUGAUUGGCACUCUACAAUACUGUCUGCAGCGGGUUUGAAAUCUGAUCCACACUUGGAUAGCAUUGACCAGUGGGAGGCCAUGCAACACGGACAGGAAGGUCCCAGAACAGAGUUCAUUUAUAAUCUGGACGAUGUUGAGCCAGCAACGCAAGGACACGCAGGCAUUAGGGUCGGAGAUUAUAAACUUCUCGCAGGAAACGUUGGGAUGUAUAAUGGUUGGUACCCCCCUGAUGAGGUUUAUACAGAAGGGAAUAUACAGAGAUUGGAUGUGGAUAUGAAUACAGGGAACCUGUCUUAUUACAAACUAUUUAAUCUGAAAGACGACCCAUAUGAGUACACUAAUCUUGCUGACGUCAUGCCAGACAAAGUCCGUGAACUUGUUGAACGGAUGGAGAAGUAUCAUGCACAGAUGGUUCCUGCGAAGAAUCCUCCAUCUUCACCCGGGGCAAACCCUAAAUACUUCGGAAACGUAUGGUCCCCCGGCUGGUGUAAAGAACCGAUGACGUAAAGGAGAGUUAUUGUUUUGUGUACAGGCGUGCGUUGGUUUUCUUAAAAAUUCUUCGCCAGCUCUUCAUGGGGCAAGCCCUAAAUACUUCGAAAACAUAUAAUCCACCUGGUGGUGUAAAUUAUAGCCGAUUAAAUAGUGGAACAUUGCUGUUUUGUGUACAUCCGUGCGUUAGUUUUCUUUGAAGUUUUGUACUUGCUAAUAGCAAAUACCUUAUGUUUACCUCAUUUCCUUUUGUAUUCAUUUGGUUUGAUUUUUUUAAAAGAAUUAUUAAUUAAGUAUACGACCAUGUUAAAAAUACUAAAUUUCAAAUCAUACAUGUGUACUAUUUUACUGCAUGUGUUCAUGAAAUUUUGUUAUUCAUUUAUUUUUGUGUUGUAUUGUUUUUAGUUUUUAGCUCAUCUGAUUGCUCAGGUGAACUUUUGUGACCGGUCUUUGUCCGUCCGUCCGUCCAUCCACAUUUGUUCGUAAACACUCUAGAGGCCACAUUUAUUGUCCGAUCUUCAUGAAACUUGGUCAGAAGCUUUGUCCCAAUGAAAUCUCGGUCGAGUUCGAAACUGGGUUGUGCCGGGUCAAAAACUAGGUCACUAGGUCAAAAAAAGAAAAAACUUGUAAACACUGUAGAAGUCACAUUUUAUGCCCAAUCUUCAUGUAACUUUGUCAAAAUGUUUGUCUUUAUGAUAUGUUGGUUGACUUCAAAAGUGGUUCGGGUCCAUUGAAAAAUAUGGCCACCAGUGGGCGGGGCAGUUUUCCUUAUUUGGCUAUAGAGAAACCUUGUAAACACUCUAGAAGUCACAAUUUUUGCCCAAUCACCAUGAAAGUUGGUCAAAACAUUGGUUUUAUUGAUAUCUCGGACGAGGUUGAAAAUGGUCCAGAUCGGGGAAAAGACAUGGCCGCCAGUGGGCGGGGCAUUUUUCUCUAUAUGUAUAUAGUGAAAACAUGUGAACACUCUAGAAGUCACAUUUUUGGCCCAAUUUUCAUGAAAUUUGGUCAGAACAUUUGUUUCCUUGAUAUGAGAGUUGAGUUUGAAAAUGGUUCCGGUCAGUUGAAUAACAUGGCUGCCGGGGGGGGGGGGGCAGUUUUCUCAUAUUUAUAUAGUAAAAAAAGCUUGUGAACACUCUAGAAGUCACACUUUUUGCCCAAUUAUCAUGAAACUUGGUGAAAAGAUUGGUUUUAUAUAUAUCACAUAAUUAAUGCCAUAAUUAUUGCCUUUAGAUUGUCCAAACUUUCAUUAUAUUAGACAAAAUCCUUGAAAACACUCUAGAGGUCACAAUUUUGUUUCAGAUUUUAUGAAUCUUGGUCAUAAUAUUUAUUUUUGAUAGCAAAGUUUGAUGUUUUGUAAGAGGGGUCAACUCAAAUAUAGGUCACCAGGUCAAAUCUUACAAAAACAAAAUCACUCCAUAUGCCAGAGUUUUGGUUCAAUUAUGAUGAAACUUGACCAGGAUGUUUGUCUGGACAAUAUCUAGGUCAAGUUUGACGUUUGGUAAAGAUUGAAUGAACCGACUCCUCUUAGGUGAGCGAACAAGGGCCAUCUUGGCCCUCUUGUUACUAAUAAAUAUUUAUCUGCGCUUGUGAUAAACAUUUGCGUGUUACUAUGCUGGCUUACACAAGUUUUAAAAGUAAAGAAAACAAAAAGAAAGCCGUUCUACAGCAAUCAGGAAAAUGUACCCAAAAGAAACCUCACGAAAAAUACUCACCAGCAUCUCUUCGAUGUGAACAAAGCAUAACCACGCACUGACAACGAGGAAUAGCUGAGGAAAAGCUGCUUUAACUCCCUAAAACCAAUGGUGCUACAAAUGAACCCAAUUACCAGCAAUUUUUCAUAGCUAACAGUACACAAAUGUAAUGGCCAUUCCAUUAAUCCACCAAACCAACUAUUUGCCAGUCGAUUAAUAAAUUGAACUACAAAUAUACUCUUUUAAGAUCGUUAAUUGUAGUACUUUACUCUUUUUAUUGUCAAUGCAAGUAUUGUCUGAGUUGUUUCAAAAAUAUGUAUAGGCCUUGUUUUAAUUGUACGUUCGUUCUUGAUGUGAAUGCAGCUGUGAAGAAGAAUGAAAUCCUAAACAAACUUAUCAAAGACGUCACAAUAAGCUUAGAAUAAGGUAAUACUUGUUACAAUUAUUAAACUACGUUUUUACAUGAUGGGGUUACUAUGUAUUAACCUAAUCCAUGUGAUUUUCUUACGAAAACAUGUUGUAUUUCAUUCGUUUUUAAAUGUAUCUAUCUUCGAAAUGAUGUAUAUUUUGUAUUUUAUAUAAAUGCUUGCUGUUAUUGCAUAUGUAUGUUGAUGAAGAUGAGCUGUAUAAUAUAUGCUUUAGUCGAAAUAAACUAUUAUGUACUGUU